CGGAGCGGAGCGGCGGCGGCUGGCGGCUCCGGAGCGAAGAUGGCGGAUGUGCUGAGCGUGCUGCGGCAGUACAACACGCAGAAGAAGGAGAUCGUGGUGAAGGGGGACGAGGUGAUCUUCGGCGAGUUCUCCUGGCCCAAGAACGUCAAGACCAACUAUGUCAUUUGGGGGACAGGGAAAGAGGGCCAACCCAGGGAAUACUACACUUUGGAUUCUAUCUUGUUCCUGCUCAAUAAUGUGCACCUUUCUCAUCCUGUUUAUGUCCGCCGUGCUGCAACUGAAAAUAUUCCUGUUGUAAGAAGACCUGAUAGGAAGGACUUGCUUGCAUACCUAAAUGGGGAAACAUCAACCUCAUCAAGCAUAGACAGAAGUGCUCCACUUGAAAUUGGUCUUCAACGGUCCACUCAAGUUAAGAGAGCAGCAGAUGAAAUAUUAGCAGAAGCAAAGAAACCAAGAAUAGAGGAUGAAGAGUGCGUGCGCCUUGACAAGGAGCGGUUGGCAGCUCGGUUGGAAGGACAUAAAGAAGGUAUCGUGCAAACGGAACAGAUCAGGUCCUUGUCUGAAGCCAUGUCAGUGGAAAAAAUUGCUGCUAUCAAAGCAAAAAUCAUGGCAAAGAAAAGAUCCACUAUCAAAACUGAUCUGGAUGAUGACAUAACUGCUCUUAAACAGAGAAGUUUUGUUGAUGCUGAAGUAGAUGUAACCAGAGAUAUUGUCAGCCGGGAGAGAGUAUGGAGGACAAGAACUACAAUCUUACAAAGCACGGGCAAGGUAAAGGUAGGCUUGGAGGAUUGUUGGCACAGUGACAGAGGAGUUCAUUCUUUCCUCAUUAUGAACUUUGCCAAGAAUAUUUUUGCAAUUCUUCAAUCAGUAAAAGCCAGAGAAGAAGGCCGAGCACCUGAACAAAGACCUGCACCAAAUACAGCACCAACGGAUCCCACUUUACGAAAUAAGCAACCUAUUCCAGCUGCCUACAACAGAUAUGAUCAGGAAAGAUUCAAAGGCAAAGAGGAAACGGAAGGCUUUAAAAUUGAUACCAUGGGCACCUAUCAUGGAAUGACUCUGAAGUCUGUAACGGAAGGUGCUUCUGCUCGAAAAACACAAACUCCAGCAGCACAGCCUGUACCACGACCAGUUUCUCAAGCAAGACCACCUCCAAACCAGAAAAAAGGGUCUCGAACUCCCAUAAUCAUUAUUCCAGCAGCCACGACCUCUUUAAUAACGAUGCUUAAUGCAAAGGACCUUCUGCAAGAUCUGAAGUUUGUACCAUCAGAUGAGAAGAAGAAACAAGGCUGUCAACGAGAGAAUGAAACUCUAAUACAGAGAAGGAAGGAUCAGAUGCAGCCUGGGGGAACUACAGUCAGCGUUACUGUACCUUAUCGAGUAGUAGACCAACCUCUGAAACUUAUGCCACAAGACUGGGAUCGUGUGGUGGCAGUGUUUGUACAGGGUCCUGCUUGGCAGUUCAAAGGCUGGCCUUGGCUCUUGCCUGAUGGAUCACCUGUUGAUAUCUUUGCAAAAAUUAAAGCUUUUCAUCUCAAAUAUGAUGAAGUACGUCUGGAUCCAAAUGUACAGAAAUGGGAUGUAACAGUGUUAGAACUAAGCUACCACAAAAGACACUUGGACAGGCCAGUAUUUCUACGCUUCUGGGAAACUUUGGACAGGUAUAUGGUAAAGCACAAAUCUCACUUGAGAUUCUGAAUCCUUCAGUUGCCAUUUAUUUCCUGAAGUACGGAUUGAGAAAAAUGAAAGGGGCUCCAGUUUGGAGACCAGAGCUCGCACUAUGUGAUAUGUCAAGAACUUUACAAAUGAAGAAGGGUCACAGUUUAAACUUUUUAUAAAAUCUUGUUUGGAUGCUUCAUGCUAUGGCAGGUUGAUGAUACCUGUUCUUAUUCAGAAGCAAAGGGGUUUUGCUUAAAACUAUUUUUUUAAUGUUGUUAGCCUUCUAGUCUGCAAUCCAAAUUGUAUAUUUUGAUAGCAGCAGUUUCUUCUCUGUUUUGUUAAAUUAGCCACAUUUUUAAAUAAUGUGUUUUGUUCCUUAUUAGAAAAUAGAUUGAUCUUCACUGCAGGUUACAUAUGUGUGUGUGCGUGUGUGCAUGUGCGCAGGUGUGUGUGUAUAUAUGUGUGUGUGUGUCUAUAUAUAUUGUAUAAAAAAAAAUUAUAGACACACUUACACACACAUAGAUGUUACCAGGCUUUCUAAACCACUUAGCUUCUGAGCUUAGUUUUGGUUUUCUUUGCUUAUUGUUUCACUUACUGAAAAUAUUUUGUUGUGAAUGAUACUACAUUUUAGUCAAUAGGACUUGCAAACUGAGCAAAGUGAAAAUUGUUUUCGAUAAAUCAAAACGUCAAACUGUAUAUGUAUAUUCUGUCAGUCUUUGUCGAAAAAGGGAAGAUGAAAUAUCUAGACACGCUUUUUUGGAUUUGUAAUGUCCCAGUUUACUAAAUCUUUAAACUUUAUUAUAAGAAUACCUUCAAGUCAUUAACUUUAAAUUGCAAUUCUCCAUACAGGUCUCUUUAUUUAAACUGAAGGUGUGCAUGUGUACAUUCCCAUCUAUCAAAAUACCUUUGCAUAUGAGUCUAAAUGUUGCCUAGAUUAAACAAUGAAUAGAGAAGGGGAGAGAGUUUGGAUGUUUUUUUCCUGAAACAGCCGCCACAAGGAAUGAAUAACUUUAACUUCUUUGCAUUUAUACCUCUAAGACCACCUCUAAUAUUAUUAUCUUGUGACAAAGGUAGCCCAGACUAUGUCCACAGGAGUUGUAGUUUUCUGAGAUGAGUGGCUGAUAUGGCCUCCUAACAGUCCUGCAUUGGAUUGGAAAAUGAGCCUACUCCAAUUACCAAAGAACAGAUUUUCUUGAUCUACAGUAUAACUGAGGCCAGAAGACCCUGGUACCUGUAUGAAUUUAUGGUAUCUCUGUAUCUAUUUAAGAACAUUAAGCUGAUGUUGCAUACCAGUGGAUGUAGAGAAUGAUCGAAUACUGUAACACCUGCAUGAAUUCUUUUCUGGGAUAGAAAACACAUGUUUAUAUUCCUGUUCCUGAACUUCCAAACCAUGUUUUUUUAAUAUACUUUACAUUUAAGGUUUGACAAAAGUAAAAUGUUCUGCCUAUUCUUGUUUAGUUUUGCUUUUUAUUUGAUGUUACCUUCAUUUUUAGUAAAUGCAGAAGGCACAUUUCCUUAAGAGGUUUCUCAAACUAUGUUUUAAAUUUAUGAAGACUGUGAGGUCUGACUUUAAUUAAAUGUUUCCAUCCCUGCUAUA